ACAAAAACAUCCGUCGGUGGAUCCCACGCGUUGGCCACAAUCACCCGAUAAGGCUCCUCUCCAAAACCCUAGCCUCCUCUCUCUCAAAGCUUCGCCGCCGACCGAAUCGCCCGUCCAGAAUGGAACACCAGCCCUCAACCCUCAACGACUCCAUCACCACCACCACCAAUAACAAGAGCAAGAAGAAGCGGCAGCUGCCGGGCCCGGAGGAGGUGCUGGCCCACUACGAGGCCCAGGGUCUGGGCUCCCGCGAGGCCUCCCUCCAGGCCAUCGGCGAGCUCCAGUCCCUCCUCUACAAGUCCGUCGUAUCCGGCCGCGGCGGCAAGAAGGACACCGACUCCGUCCGAAAGCUCGACACCCUCAACGCCCGCCUCGCCAUCCUCGAGAUGAAGCUCGACUCCAAGCCCGGUUUCCUCCCGUCCUUCGCCAUCGGCCUCGCCUCCGGCGCCGCCCUCCCCCCCAUCCUCUCCGGCCUCGGCGCCAUGUGGAACGCAGUCAAGAUCGCCGCCAGGAGCUCCCCUCCCUCUUCCUCUCUCUAGUUUCUUUUCUUUCUUUCUUCUCUAUCCAUCCUUUUUCAUCUUUUCUUUCCUUCUGGCUAGCUGGGGUUGUGAUGGCCGACCUGGAUAUACGUUAUGAACAUGAAAAUAUAAUUCUUCUUUUUCUCGAUA